AUGGAGCUUACUUUCCGCACAAUCGGCGGGAAGAGCUUCAAGAUUGAGGCCGAGCCGUCUGCCACGGUCGGCGAGCUGAAAGCCAAGGUGGAGGCGUCCCAACCAGAGUGCCCGGCAGCACAGCUCAAGCUCGUGUACAAAGGCAAGGUCUUAGAGCCAGAGGACAAGGCCAUCUCAGAGCUCAAUGUCGACUCGACAGGCUUCCUGGUUUGCUUUGUGCAGAAGGCAGCGGCGCCCAAGCCCGCGGCUGCCGAGCCCAAGCCAGCUGCUGCGCCCGCGGCGGCGGAGCCCGCGGCGGAGCCUGCGGCAGGUGCGGCGGGCGGCAGCGCACCGGCGGCACCCGAGGCACCCGCUGCAGCAGCUGCUCCUGAGGCGCCAGCGGCGGCAACGCGGGCAGCUGUCGUCAUUGCCACACUAGAGGCGGGCCUGAAUGCAUCCGCUGUAUGCGUUUGCAGCAGCAUGCCCUGA